AUGGGCAAUGGUCAAGGCAAACCGAUCGAUUUCAACGGCGAUGUGAACCUCAAUCACUUUCGCCUGUUGCGAGUCGUUGGCCGCGGUGCAUUUGGCAAGGUACGAAUUGUUGAACGCAAAGACACCGGGCUGUCGUUUGCGCUCAAGUACAUCCGCAAAGACGAAGUCGUGCGAUCCGAGAGCGUCCGAAACAUUAUCCGAGAGCGUCGCAUGCUGGAACAUGUCAACCACCCAUUCAUUUGCAAUUUGCGAUACAGCUUCCAGGACAUUGAGUAUAUGUACCUCGUCGUCGAUCUGAUGACGGGUGGCGAUCUCCGAUUCCAUAUUUCGCGGAAAACAUUCACAGAGGAGGCGGUUCGGUUCUGGGUGGCCGAGUUGGGAUGUGCGUUGCAAUAUGUCCACAGCCAAAACAUCAUCCACAGGGACGUCAAGCCAGACAAUGUUCUCCUUGAUGCUGACGGCCACGUCCAUUUGACAGACUUUAACGUUGCGUCUGACAUCGUCCCCGGCAAAGUCUUGUCCAGCAAAUCCGGAACGUUGGCUUACCUAGCGCCCGAAGUCUAUGCUGGGAACGGAUACGAUGUUAGGGCGGACUGGUGGUCCCUGGGCGUCCUAUUCUACGAAUGCAUAUACAACAAACGUCCGUUUGAGGGCAACUCGGAAAAGUCGCUCAGCGAGACGAUCCAAGCCGCGAACCCCAAAUACCCAAUCACCCAGCCACCGGUGUCCCUCGGUUGUCUAUACGCCAUUGGGGCCGCCCUUGAGCCCAACCCCGACAAGCGACUAGGCCGCGACUGGAAGAGCUUUGUGGAACACGACUUCUUCAAAGUUUUCGACUUCAACAUGCUCGAACGUAAACAGAUUGAGCCAGUGUUCGUACCCAGCUCCGACAAGACCAACUUCGACGCCACCUACGAUCUGGAGGAGCUGCUACUGGAGGAGGCGCCAUUGGAAGCCCGUGCUCGUCGCCAGAAGCCACGUGAGAAGCUGAAGGAUGAUGCCACGGAGAAGGAGAUCCGUGAGGACAACCUCUACAAAUCGAUCGAAACAGAUUUCCGUCCAUUUGACUACACACUAGCGGCGUACAAGAAGAUCACGGCUGGCGAUGGCACUUCGGACGAGGAUGGUCCCCGUGCGUUGACCACGGACGAAGUGACACCUGCAGCGUCACCUUACCUCGUGACUCAAGACCCUAUGACGUCCACAGGGCAACACUCGGGAGUCGACGGCAAGCCUGUACGCCCUCAGAGGGCCGCGCCGCCUCUGCCUACCGCCUACCAGACAGAUUUCACCCGUAAGUCGCGCUCAUCGACCAACCGCAUAGCCUCCUCAACGGGCGGCGUGCAGAUGACACUGGACGGCAGUGGCAGCUGGUCAGAAUUGGCUCGUCAGGACGCAACACUCCCAACGGACGCGAACGCCGCCGCGGAUGGCAAGGGUGAAGGCUCGGGCGGUAUGUUCGGCUUCUUGAAGUCGAAGAAGGGGCGCAACCAUAGCCCGCGGCCCAAAGAGAGGGGUGUGUUAGGGAAGGAGGGUGCUCGUGUAGUGAUCGGCUAG